UUUGAGCUGGUACCUCGGUAUAAAGGAAACCCAGGUUGCGUCUUGCACUGUAUACUGCUUGGCUUGGUACGAACUGGAUAUAACUGUGGAAUAGGCUAUGUAUGGCCACUGAAAUAAGGCUAACUAAUGACGGUGGAAAUACUAUCACAUUGUAAUUGGAGUUCUACCAGUGAGAAUUCACUGUUUCACAUCGGGGGGAGAAAGCUACGAUUUUUGAAGCCUCUCUCUGCACAGAUAUCCCUACGAUUAGCAACACACACCUCGAAGACGUUAACGAGAGACUAUGGAAGACCACACAUGCUGGUCUUCCAUGUAGGAUGGUAGCACACAGUCCACUGGAAGGCAACACAGGCCCAGCUGAAUGCAGAGCGAGCAUUGAGCCCUCAGUGGCAGACUCCCCGUCCCACCGGCCUAGGUCCUGCCAGACCAGCCGGCAGGAGAGCCAGACACACUUCCGCCCAUUCAAGAACGAGCGAGACUUUAAGACCAUCACGCAGACCACCUCCAUGCUGGAGAAUAGUGGCUUCUACUGGGGUCCGAUGACUGUGGAGGAAGCCCAUCACAAACUGAAGAACGAGACCCUAGGGACCUUCCUCAUCCGCGACAGCCGUCAGAAAGACGUCUUCUUCACCUUGAGCUACCGGGCACAGACGGGACCCAUCAGCAUACGCAUCAACUACCAGGCCUCAUGCUUCAGCCUGUCAGGGAGCAAGGAGUCCUUCGACUCGCUAUUCAAACUGUUGGAAUACUACAUCACCUCACCCAAAAAGAGCCUGACACGCCCCUACAGGAAAGUACAGGUGCAGUCUUUACAAGAGCUGUGCCGACGCAGGAUCAUAGAGACAUGCGGAGAGGACCUGGACAUAGACCGCAUCCCCGUCAAUCCCAUCCUCAAAGACUUCUUACAUUCCUUUCCCUAUCGGUUAUGAAAACCGUACUGAAUGCAUUAAGCUUACUGAGUGACGUGGAUGAGAGACUCGCAGAGCUUCGCUGGCAAAAGAGGAGUUCGUAUUAUUUUUGUAGCACAUGUUCUGGACAAAGAAGUGAAAAUUAUGUGUGGAGUGUUUACACAACCUGUCAAUGUUUACACUAUUUAAGGAGGAUUCUCCUUUUGCAAUUAUUUGCCUGCCAUGCAGGAACGAGUAUUUAUAGAUAUUUGGAAAAUAAAUAUGACUAUGAAAGAUUUACAACAUUC